UUGACAGCUCGUUUCGCAAACAUGGCGGAAUAAAUAAACAACAAAAUCCCGAUGCCGUGCGACGAAAACCUCGAUUAGAAAGAUGUGCGAAUCGGUGAUGGGAAUCCUGAACGAAAUACUGAAAGUAGAAGGCAUCGAAGAGGCGUUCAGCUGCUUUCUCAUUCACAAAAUCUCGAACGAAACCGAAAAAAUCUCGCUAUGGCAGGAGGAACUGAACGCGGCCUUUCGCUCGGUCAACGCCGAUCAAUCCGAAGCGGCUAUAAAGCAAUACCUGGGCAUCGCCUACGGUUGUUCGAGGAACCGGUUGCGUUUGCUCAUGGAGCUGCUGGUGACCAGCGUGAAAACCGGCGUCCUGCCGGCCAGGAAGGUCUGCGAAUUGAUUUGCACCAGCGAGCUAUUGCAAUGCAACAACGCCAAUUUCUGGGUGGAAUGCUUCAAAGUAGUUCUAAAGAUAAUCGAUUUGGUCGAGUACAAAGGCGUUAGGGAGAUUAUGAAGGCUUGUUGCGAAAAAGCUAAAACUUUACCGUGGAGGCUGAAUUCCGGUCUUCAACCGCAGGCCCAAGCCCUGAUGGACGUAGCCCAGAAAAUAAUGGACAGAGACGCUUGCCUUCUACCCGGCUAUUUACUCGUCAACGAACUACAAAAAGCCUAUCCGGACUGUCCCCAUUGGAGGUUAUCGGCGUUGUUCUCCGACUACGUCGAGAGCUUCAGAGCCUGCGCCCAAAUGGUCUCUAUCAUCGGCCAAGCCGAAAUGAGACCGAUCGUCGAACACAGCGGUUGCCCCGAACAUUUCAUCAACACCUGGAAACUGGAUCCCACCACUCUAAGAUUCGCCGUUAAAGGUACCCUACCGUACGAACCGGAGCUCCUCGAAAAGCAAACCGGCCUGUUGAGAUACAUCCUCGAACAACCGUACAGCAGAGACAUGGUGUGCGGCAUACUCGGUUUGAACAAACAACACAAGCAACAUUGCCAAGCCAUCGAAGAGCAACUCAUCGAAUUAGUGGUGUUGGCUUUGGAGAAAACCGAAGUGGAAGGCGACGAACAGGCCACGCAUGAUCUCUGGUUGCACCUCUCCUCGCAGCUCAUCUACUUCGUUCUCUUCCAAUUCGCCAGCUUCCCCAGCUUCGUGAUAUCCCUGCACUCGCGCCUCCAAGGCAGAGACCUGCGCCGCGGUCGCGACCAGCUCAUGUGGGUGCUGCUGCAGUUCAUCUCCGGCUCGAUACAGCGCAACCCUCUGUCGAACUUCCUGCCGGUGUUGCGCCUCUACGAGCUGCUCUAUCCCGAGCAGGAGCAACAGCUGCCCGUGCCCGACUACAACCAGCCCCAUUGCACGCGCCAAAUGGCGAUGACCUGCAUCUGGUUGCACCUCACCAAGAAGGCGCAAUCGGAGCAGGCGAACGCCGCCUGGCCGGUGCCGACGAAGCUGCGCGGCCACUACGAUUUCCUGCAGCAUUUGGUGCCGCCCAGCAACACGGCGUUGGCCAUGGGCAACGAUUAUCGCAUAGCGUUGUUGUGCAACGCCUACUCGACCAAUCAGGAUUACUUUAGCAAACCGAUGGCGGCGCUGGUGGAAACGAUACAGGGCAGCUCGAAGUCUUCGUCGCCUCCUACGGCGCCACUCAGCAUGAAGAUACUCGAUUCUCUCACGGUGCAUUCGAAGAUGAGCCUCAUCCACAGCAUCGUGACGCACGUCAUCAAGCUGGCCCAAACGAAAUCCGGCAUGCCUUUAUCUCCGGCUCUAGUGGAAACGUACAGUAGAUUGUUGGUGUACACGGAAAUCGAAUCGUUGGGCAUCAAAGGUUUCCUCAACCAGCUGUUGCCGCAGGUGUACAAAUCGCACGCUUGGGGCACGCUCUACACGCUCUUGGAGAUGUUUAGUUACCGGAUGCACCACAUCCAUCCGCACUAUCGCGUCCAAUUGCUCAGCCAUUUGCAUUCGCUGGCCGCCGUGCCGCAGGCCAAUCAGACCCAAUUGCAUCUGUGCGUCGAAUCCACCGCUUUGAGGCUCAUCACCGGUUUGGGUAGCGGCGACGUGCAGCCGGAGCUGUCGCGCUUCCUCGCCGAGCCGAAGGGCAUCGUCUCGGCCGAAUCGGAGGAGCUGAACAGGGCGCUGGUGUUGACGUUGGCGCGGGCGUCGCACGUGUCCGGCACGGACGGUUCGUGGUGUCACGAGCUGUUGGCCACCAUACAGCAGAGCACGCCGCACGCGUGGGCCCCUCAAACGCUCGAAUGUUUUCCGCGCUCGAUGGCCGAGUUCUUCAUACAGCACGUGGUGCCCAAGGAGAACAAGCAGCAAUUGAAGAAGGCCGUCGAAGAGGAGAACCGAAAGUGGGCGUCGAUGAACAACGAGAACGACAUCAUGGCGCACUUCGGCGUGCCCGGCGCGCCGCCUUUGUUCUUGUGCUUGUUGUGGAGGAUGCUGUUGGAUACAGAACAUAUCAGUCCCAUUGCUUACAAAAUAUUGGAGAGGAUUGGAGCGCGAGCGCUGUCGGCGCACUUGCGAAAGUUCUGCGAUUGCCUGGUGUUCGAGUUCAGCAACUCGCCGGGGGGGCAGCACGUGAACAAGUGCGUCGACACCGUGAACGAUAUGAUAUGGAAGUACAACAUCGUCACCAUCGAUCGCCUGGUGUUGUGCCUGGCCCUCCGCACGCAAGAAGGUAGCGAGGCGCAGGUGUGCUCGUUCAUCAUACAAUUGGUGCUGCUGAAGGCGUCGGAGUUUCGCACCAGAGUGCAGGACUUCGUCAAGGACAAUUCGCCGGAUCAUUGGAACCAGACCAAUUGGCACGAGAAGCAUUUGGAGUUCCAGAGGAAGUAUCCGGAGAAGUUCGCGCCCGAAGAACAGAGCGGCGGCUACCAUCCGAACUUCGGCAACGUCUGUCUCAGAUUUUUGCCAGUGUUCGAUAUAGUCGUGCAUCGAUUUCUCGAAAUACCCCAGGUGACUAAAAGCCUGGAGAUUCUCCUCGAGCACCUCGGUUGUUUGUACAAGUUCCACGAUCGGCCCGUCACCUAUUUGUACAACACGUUGCACUAUUACGAAUCGAAGUUGCGCGACAGGCCGCCUCUAAAGAGAAAAUUAGUAGCGGCGGUGCUGGGUAGCCUGAAAGAAACUCUAUCGGAACCGUACCAAGCGUUCCUCAAGAUGAACGCCGAGGAAAUUUGGGUGCCCGAAUUGGACUAUUACAUCCAAGUGAUCCGAAGGAUAGUGGAGGUGAUUGGUGGUACCAGCGCGAAUUCUCUAACCGAUUGGCGGUUCAACGAGUUCCCUAACGCCGGCGCUCACAUACUCUACACCUCCUGCGUGGAACUGAUGGCUCUCUCAGCAGGUCCUCCUGCCGUAGCCAACGGUCUACUCGACGUCGUCGCGAAAGGUUACGUGAUGAUCCCGCCGGGCGACAUCCACCAAUGGGUGAACGCCAUCGGGCUGGUCCUGUCCUCGUUGCCGGCCAGCUACUGGACGGUGUUGCACGAUCGCUUGAUCGCCGCGCUCUCGGAAUUGGAAUCGUGGCCGUACGAUUGUUCGCCGUUCGAGCUGUUCGAUUUCAAGCAGACGCACGCCGGCCUGUUGCACAACCGGUUCAGCUACAUGCUGGCGCUGGCGCACUCGGUGUGGCACCACGCCGGCGUCGGGCAGAUAGCGAGCGUGCCGCGUUGGGUGCGCGAAUGCCUGCCGGCGUGCGUCAAGCGCGAGGAGCAGUUCCUCUACGCCUGCCACUUGGUGGGGCCGUUCCUGCAGCGGUUCAACGGGCCGCUGUUGGGCGAGCUGACGACGGCGCUGUACGAGCUGCUGGCGCAGGUGGACCAGGCGCAGGCCGAUAUGCGGUACAUGGAUCCCAUUUGCGAUCUGUUGUACCACAUCAAAUAUAUGUUCGUCGGGGAUAGUAUGAAGAAGGAGUUGGAGGCGGUGGUGAGGCGGUUGAGGCCGCAGUUGCAGCUGCGGUUGCGGUUUAUAGCGCAUCUUACGAUCGAGGAGGUGCACGCUAAUUGACUUGUUAAUUGUAUCGGAUAGGUCGCAAAAUGUUAUUUUUUAUUGGAUUUGUUAUUAAU